GCAGAAUCUCCGGAAGUCGAGAUCGGGUUGAGCCGGCUGGAGCUAGCGGGACUACGGACUCUGGGCCGCUGCUCCAGCGGCUGGUCAUGAACGGGCCGGCGGACGGCGAGGUGGACUACAAAAAGAAAUAUCGGAACCUGAAGCGAAAGCUCAAAUUUCUCAUUUACGAACACGAGUGCUUCCAGGAGGAGCUGAGGAAGGCGCAGAGGAAGUUACUGAAGGUGUCCCGGGACAAGAGUUUCCUCUUGGACCGACUUCUGCAGUACGAGAACGUGGAUGAAGACUCUUCGGACUCCGAUGCCACUGCAUCUUCAGAUAACAGUGAGACAGAGGGGACACCCAAGUUGUCGGACACACCAGUCCCCAAGAGGAAGAGAAGCCCUCCGCUGGGAGGUGCUCCCUCCCCCUCCAGCCUCUCCUUGCCUCCUUCAACAGGGUUUCCCCUUCAGGCCUCUGGGGCCCCCUCCCCAUACCUGAGCUCGCUGGCUUCCCCUACCUACCCCCCAUUCCCUUCUGACUACCUGGCCCUGCAGCUGCCCGAGCCCAGCCCCCUGAGGCCCAAGCGGGAGAAACGGCCCCGCCUGCCCCGGAAACUCAAGAUGGCGGUGGGACCCCCCGACUGCCCUGUGGGAGGGCCACUGACCUUUCCAGGGCGAGGGGCUGGGGUGGGGGCAGCCCUGGCCCCACUGCCCCCUCCCAAGAUGCCCCCCCCCACGAUCCUGAGCACCGUCCCUCGGCAGAUGUUCAGCGACGCAGGCAGUGGUGAUGAUGCCCUGGACGGGGACGAUGACCUGGUGAUUGACAUCCCCGAGUGA